CGCACGAAGAAGUAUUGUUCAGAGGACAGGAAGAAUACCACAUUGAGAUAUGGUAUUGUUUCUACAACGAGGGGUUGACGAGGCUGAACGACACAUGUCAUGAACUGAUGUGCGCAGCCUCGCAGGGUCAUGAUUGAUGAUUGUCCUCGGAUCAAGCCAAUCAUUUCCUCUUUUCAUCAUUACCAAUCCGUUUUCCGCCGCUUCCCAGAACCAAGCAACCAGCCGACAAGUUACACAGAACGCCCAUGUCUUACAAUUCUAACUACAUCUUCUACCCUUGAACGAACAUACCAUCUUCGUGGACACCUCGAAUGGCGCCCUCCUUUCAAGAGCCUCUGAGUGAGGCUCUGGAGGCUCCUUUAAAAUCAAAACCAGAUCUAGUUGCGCCAGAACCGGAACACUGUCCCGGUCCCGAAUCGGAACAAGCGGGCAAAGGCGAUGCCUGUGAUGGCUGCCCCAAUCAAGCAAUAUGCGCCUCUGCGCCGAAAGGGCCCGACCCAGAUAUCCCCCUCAUAACCGAACGACUGGCGGGCAUAAGACACAAGAUAUUGGUGCUGUCGGGAAAAGGAGGAGUGGGAAAAUCAACUUUCUCCUCCCUGCUAUCGCACGCCUUCGCAGCCAACCCGGACUCUACAGUGGGAAUCAUGGACACCGACAUCUGCGGACCAUCCAUACCGAAAAUGAUGGGCGUCGAGAGUGAAACGAUACACGUCAGUAACGCAGGCUGGAGUCCGGUCUGGGUGACCGACAAUCUAGGCGUCAUGAGUGUUCAGUUUAUGCUACCCAACCGAGACGAUGCCGUCAUUUGGCGAGGCCCGAAGAAGAACGGUUUGAUAAAACAAUUCUUAAAAGAUGUGGAAUGGGGCGAAUUGGACUACCUGAUAGUGGAUACACCACCUGGGACGUCUGAUGAACACUUGUCUGUGAAUUCCUUUUUGAAAGAGUCUGGUGUUGACGGGGCCGUGGUUGUGACCACUCCACAGGAAGUUUCCCUGCUGGACGUGAGGAAAGAGAUUGAUUUUUGCCAUAAGGCAGGCAUCCGGGUGUUGGGCUUAGUUGAGAACAUGUCCGGCUUCGUCUGCCCUAAGUGCACUCACGAGUCUCAGAUAUUCCGAGCAACAACGGGUGGAGGACAGAAGCUGUGCCAGGAUAUGGGCAUUCCCUUCCUUGGAUCAGUGCCUCUUGAUCCUCGGAUAGGCAUGGCAUGUGAUUUUGGAGAGAGCUUCAUGGACAGUUUUCCCGACAGUCCAGCUUGCAAAGCACUGCGACAAGUUGUUCGGUCGGUGGGCAAGCUCAUUGGAGAGGAUCCUGACGAAGUACUCCCCGAUGGACCGAUAUGAUGAGGCUUGAACAUGCUUU